UCUGUCUAUUGCUGCUGCGAUUGCGAGCGAGUUGUCUGGUGGUGUGUGUUGUGGUGGUUGGGCAAGGUGGUUCGAUUAAUUCCCCAAUUGUAACUUAUAUUGCAUCAUGUCAAGCAAGUCAGACAGAGAACGACAGAAACAGAUACAGGACAAGUGCCAAGCCAUUUUAGGCCAACUAUUACGCGAGGAGGACAACAAAUACUGCGUCGACUGUGACGCCAAAGGUCCACGAUGGGCGUCGUGGAACCUGGGCAUGUUCCUGUGUAUUCGGUGCGCGGGCAUUCACCGCAAUUUGGGAGUGCACAUCUCCAAGGUGAAGUCUGUGAAUCUGGACACUUGGACACCAGAACAAGUGGCUUGCUUACAGCACAUGGGAAACAGCAAAGGCCGAGCGGUUUAUGAAGCGAACCUUCCGGACAACUUUAGAAGACCACAGACAGACUCAUCCUUGGAAGCAUUCAUUCGCUCAAAAUAUGAGCAGAAGAAGUACAUCGCCAAGGAAUGGGUACAACCACCCAUGCCACCGCCUGCAUUCGACAUAGAGGAAGACAGGCGGAAGGAGAAAGAGAAGCGGAAACCAAAGCCCAAGUCCGCCGCGGCAGACAUUUCGGCACCUGCCUUUCCGACGGUUAACCAAGUGUCAUCCGCUGGCCAGUCGACGAGUAUCCCUCGACCAUCCACGAGUCCCAGCGUCCCCAGGGCCGUCUCCCAGCACACUGCGGACUUGCUCAGUUUGGACCUGUCGAGCAGUGCAGAGCCGCAGGCAAAAGGUGACGACCUCUUCCAAGACUUCCUGAGUGCCAGCCCAGCCCCAUGCACUGCCCCUGCAGUGACCACUCCCACCUCGACUCAAGGCACCACCGUCGUGGAGAACGGGGUGACGCCAGAGACCAACGGACGAAACACACUCACUAAAGAAUCGAUCCUGUCACUGUACAGCACAGCUCCGUUCCCGGUGCAGCAGCCUCAGGCCCCACUCUACGGCAUAACAGGAGCAGCAUUCGCAACUCCGCAGAUGGCUGCCAUGGCAGCCAGGCCCCAACCUCAGGGUUUCUGCAUGGCUCCCAAUGGUGGCUUGGCGCAGGUCCAACAGCAGAUGGGACAACUAGGGCUGCGAGGAGGCCAUGCAUGGCAGAGCAGUAACAUGGGGGGCAUGAACAUGGGCCACGUGAACAUGGGGAUGCCCACGAUGGCAGCCACAGCACCGAUGGGUCCCAGGGGCGCCGUACCCCCCAGCUCGGCAUGGCCUCCCACCAUGCAGGGGCACACACUCUCCACUAACCUGUGGCAGUGAGGAAUGCUGCCACUAGGGAGCAAAAUUUUUAGCCGCUCCAGCACCCGGUCUUUCCUCGACUGCGAAACGUGGGGAGCGGUGGAGGACCGGCCCCCAUUUCCUUUGCAUCCGCGGACUCUUCUGCAUUCAUAUUUGAAACACGUUCGAAGAUAGGGAUAAAAUGGAGGCACAUCUUUCACAGUUCUGUAACGCUCUUCACAUCGUUAAGUUAUUGUUUACGGACGUCAGACAAAACUGCAAAAUAAAUUGGGAUUUUAACGCGACAGUUUAGGGUUCACCUGGAGGAGGAGGAGGAGGAAGAAGAAGAAAUUUGUGAAGUGGGAGCUGGUGACUGUACGAAUAGGAUACGCUUUCAACAGGUGGAACGGUGGGUUAUAUGUAGGGCCUGACUUUUUCGGGUUUUAUUUUUGGCCAAAUUCGGCGGGUAAAUAUCGGGUGAUAUUUUUCGUUCGAAAAUUCGGGUGUAUCCGGGUUAAAGCCGGUUACGGCAUAUUCUGUCGUCAGGAAUUGUAUUCGGGUGAUUUUUUUUUUGCUUAAUAAAAAUUUGUCUUAACAUGGAACUAAUGUCUAGCAAUGUUAUCAAACUUUAUUUUAAUGCGCGCUUACGGGUGUGCCACGCGACCCGGAUGUUUUCGGGUAGAUUCGGGUUAAACCGGAAUUUUACAGAUUUCGUUCGGGGGGGUAAAUAUCGGGCGGAUACGGGUUUAACCCUAAAAAGUCAGGCCCUAGUUAUAUGCGGUUGAUGGUGUACCUUGUGGUACAUCCUGUGUACGUUGAUAGAUUUACUAUGUUCUUGGAGUAUACAGCAAUGACCCGUCAAACAUUCGUGCAGCGCACAAUGUCAGGUGUAGGGUAAAUUAAAACUCGCAUUUAAAAAAAAAAGGGGGGGCAAUCGGAUACUUUAGAUUUAUUGAGGUAGCGAUUUAACUGAAGCAUGCUACAUAUUAUCUAGGGAGGUUUUCCAGUUGUCCCUGAAAGCGAUUUCGACGAGGUCCCGGUAUUAAUACUCCACGUUUCGUCCGAGUCGUGCCGUUGAAAUCCCAGUGCACACCUGUAAAAAGGAUUAAUAAUCAAAAAGUCAGAGAAUAUGAAAUGUUGAGUAUUAACAUUUUUGUGUGCUUGUAAAUUGCUCGCAAUGUGUGUUUUCUUUUAAGUGUUUUUUUUUUUCGUAAUUUUUGCGGAGAGCUCGCAUUUGUCGGAUCAGACGUUCAGUUCCUAGUUCAUGAUUUGUAAUGUAGCGACGCGUAAACACUUGUGUCAGAAAAAUCCGAAUCUAGUUGCUCACAAGGUGCAUAGAAGCGUUUCACGCGCAACAGUUUACAGUGUAGCGGAGUACUUACAAAGUGCCCUGAUGUUGAGCAGUGUGCUUAGUAAAGGUUCUCAUUGGUUUGACAUUUUUCACUCGUUGCAAUUUUUGUUUCGUGCAGCUUAUUGUAGAACAUUCCAUCUAAUACCUUCGUUACGUUGCUUGUGGCACAUUUGUACGUAUACAGUGACAACUGUAAAAAUGUUUUUCAUGAGAUUCGAAAAGGUUUUUCAGAGUGCUAUUUUUAUUUUAAUAAACACUGUCUCGCCAA